CGCGUCCGUUACGCCACGCGAAUAUAACCUAUGUUUUAUCUGCCUCGAGUACACGUGACAUGUAUACACGAAGAUACGAAGCGUGGUGAGGUUCGAUGCCUGGCGAUCGUGAUUGCUAACGCACCUCGAGAUCAAGGGCUUUUUUUACGUUAAAAUAAUGCGAAAUGGCAUCGUUGUUGUUACGCAAGGAGGUCCUUGCUAUUCGAUGCGUAGGAGAUGUCGUGCUCGUAGGUAUGGGAUCCACCCUCUACAUAUAUAAGCAUUGUAAAUUUGAAGAUAAAUUGGAUUGUCUGUAUCCAAAUAAUAUACAUGGCAUUGUAGUAGGAGCAAACAAUAAAUUGGCUGUAUUUGGCGCCAAAUCUAUAUGUAUCUGCGAUAUAGAAAUAGCAUGUGACAUAAGGAUUAGAAAACAAAGUACUGAUCAAUUCAAUGAUUGGAUAAUUGCUACGAAAUGGAUAUCGUUUAAGGAACAAAUGCAAUUGGCAAUUCUGUUUGCCCAUAAUUAUAUAUCUAUAUAUGAUACAUGUAAUAAAACUUCUCAAAUUAUACGUUGCGAAGAAACGUGUAUACUCUACGGUGGUUCUAUAUCAGGAACUUGCCAAGAGAAUUUAGUCAUUUUUAGUGGAACAGUGUUUCAAGAAAUUUUAAUAUGGAAAAUUGACAAUGGGCACUAUGAUCUUAAUAAGAGAAUGCCAGUUUUGCAUCGUUUAACAGGACACAAGGGUGUUAUUUUCUCUGUUGUUUGUGAUCCAGCCUCGCGAUUUAUUUGUUCCACAUCUGAUGAUAGAAGUGUUAAAUUCUGGAAAGUAACGGAACAUGAAAAUUCCGAGAGCAAUGACAUAAACUGGCAGACAGUAAAAAUAGACUCGAUAAAAACAAUGUUUAUACAUACAGCAAGAGUUUGGAAAGCUUUAAUUAGAAAUGACAUCGUUUUAACAAUUGGAGAAGAUUCUCUUGCAUGCACAUGGUCACUCUCAGGUAAUUUACUUAAUAAAGCCUACUACAAAGCACCUAUAUGGAGUAUUGAUGUGUCUGAAGAUAAUAUGACGAUAUAUGUGGGUGGAGGUGAUGGAUCUGUAUAUAUGCAGCCCUUUGAACACUACAAAAGCCUAGAAACGCUUUUUCUACCUGACGAUGAUAGAUGCAAUUUUCCUAAAUAUAUUUCCUAUUUGCAUGAUGGCACAAUUUUAAUCUUUACUGAAUUGGGAACACUCUUACAUUACAAUAAUGAAAUGGUGCAUAAAAAUACUAUAUACUUAGCAAAUGAUAGCUACUAUAUUAUGCAAGUGUCUCUAAAUCGUCAUUUUGUUGCCCUUGCAUCUAGAGAGGGACAUGUAAUAAUAUACGAAGUAUCUCUUGGGACUUUACAACAGUAUCAGAAAGACAAAAUAAUGAAUUCACAAAUUUUAUCUUUGCAGUGGUUAAACAAUUGUGAAUUUAUAGCAUGUGGAGCAAAUGGUCUUUUGAAAUUAUUUUCUUUUGGACUAGGAGUGAAAGAAAAAUACAGAUUACCUCCCAGUCGAGAACGUUGGUUAACUGCCGCUAUAACAUUCUAUACUCCUACAAAAACGUCGCAAAUGUUAAUAUGUGGAGACAGAGUUGGGAAUAUUCAUGUGUACAAACGGCAAAGCUAUUGUUCUGACGUAGUUAUAGAAGAACCUAUUCAAACACUUUAUAGAAUCCAUGGUAAAAUAGGAGUCCAGUCGUUCCACAUAUUUCGAAAAAACUUGAUAACGUCUGGACGCGAUGGAAUGUUGAGAUUUUAUCAAAUACGUGAAGAGGAUACGGAACCCUUGUUGGUACUGCAUAAAAAAAAAAUGCCAAUGGACUGGAUUAGCAAUAUGAUGGAAGUGAAUAUGGAAAGAGCAGGCGAGACAAAAAAGGAUGAGAUUUUCUUUGUAUUUGGUUUUAAACAGGUGGAAUUUAUAAUAUAUAACUUGUUGAAUGAAAAUAUCGUCGUCAGAAUCCCUUGUGGUGGCGGUCAUAGAUCGUGGGACUGUGUAAUAUCGCGCUCAAAAGCAAGUUUUGCUUACAUAAAAAAUAGACAGGUUCAUGUAUGUGAUUUGUCUUUGUCUCUUUUUCUUUCACGCCCUAUGUUACAGAAUGGUUUUCACAUAAAAGAGACAUGUUGCUUGAGAUAUAUUAAAUGCCAUCAGGAAGAAAUUUUCAUAUCCGGUAGUGAAGACUGCACUCUUCGUAUCAGCCAUCUUAGGAGAAGAAAUUUUAAGUGGAAUUCUUUUGAAAAUUUAGGAGUUUUUAAUGGCCAUCUUUCGGGUAUAAAAUGCAUAAGUGUUAUUCAAUUGCUUGGAUCUGCGUUUCAAUAUCUAGUCUUUUCUGGUGGAGGGAGAGCACAGUUGAAAAUUUGGGGACUAAACAUCGUGCUACCUGAUCCAUAUUCAUCAGAUCUAGAUAUAUCAUGUUCCGAUGUGAAUUCUCAUAUGCUGUAUGAACAAAAUCAAUAUUGUAAAAAACCAUGGCAGGAAGCUGAGCAAUCUUAUAUCGCAGAACCAGAAACACGUUACAUGGAUAUUUACGCUUAUUACCCUUUUAAGGAACUAAAUUAUGUAUUAAUCUUUAUAGCUUGUGCAGAUGGAUAUUUAAGACUCCUUGUAUAUGAUAUUGUACCUAACAACAUAUACUUGAAAGUAUCUACUAAAUACAUAGAUCGUUGCAUUUUGAAGAUGCAUAUAUUAUCACAUAAAUCCAAAGUAAUUGUGUUAACUAUGAAUACGGAUGGAAAAUUACGUUUUUUCGAUUUUACUGACACGAUCUCGAAAAUAUAUGAGGAUGCAAAUUCUGGAAAUCAAAAUAUUGUGAAUUUCAACGAUAUUCCUUUUGCAGAAUUUAGCUUGCAUCAGUCGGGAAUUAAUUGUUUCGAUUUAGAGCAUGUACAUGAAGAUGAAUAUCUCUUGGUUACUGGUGGCGAUGACAAUCUUCUUAGUGUCGUCUAUUUUCAAAUUUACAUAUCAGAAAGCAAUAAAUUGUCAGCUGAAAUAUUAUCUAAAUGGAGCACACCAUCCGCACAUUCUGCACAAAUUGUUGGUGUGAGAUUCAUAAAGAAAAAUAAUAAAAUAUGUAGUGUGGGAGUGGAUCAGCAAGUUAUUACCCACAAUUAUUUAUGUUCCAACGGAGUUGUACAUGUAAAUAUCUUAGAUCAAGUACUUACGUCUGUUACGGAUGUACAAGGAAUGGAGUUAGCUAGCAGCUGGGACCAUUUUAUUUGUGUAUAUGGAAGAGGAUUUGAAAUACUGUCUAUUUAAAACCUCGUAAAAUUAUUCCUUUGACAAGGAAAAAUAUAUAUUUUUUACAAAAAUAUUUUGUAUGCAAUAUUUAUUUAUCUAUCUAUUUGUAAUGUCUUAAUAUUAUGUAAAUAUAAAUUUGCAUUAUGCAUUUUAUUAUAAUAGUAAUAAGAAUGAUUAUCCCCAUCUUUUAUCUAAUUAAAUAUAAAGAUGUUUUUUAUAAAUAAUAUAAAUUGUACAAAAUACGCUUAAAUAAAAUGAGAGACUUUCA